ACGCGUCUCUACUGACUACGGAUUUGUUUCGCUGUGACACCUUGGCAACCGCUGUUCUACUCGGCUAGUAGCUAGCAGCAGCCAAGUUAGUGGCUAUUUAAAGCAAAUUACAUUCCUGUUUUCUGCUUGUUUUAUUAUCAAGGACUGACAGGUGGAGGCUGCCGUCAUGGAGCCUGCCUGCCGCAAGGACAAACCAAAGCUGAACUCAACGCCGACCAGAGGAGACCGAGCCAAGCAGAAAUCUGCACAGCAGGAGCUCAAACAGCGACAGAGAGCCGAGAUCUACGCUUUGAACAAGGUGAUGACAGAGUUGGAGCAGCAGCAGUUUGAGGCCUUUUGUAAACAGAUGCAGUCACAAGGAGAAUGAAGAGAGUCCAGCCCAUUCUGCCUCCUUUUUAUCUGCACCAGGACCUGUCACGCUCAAGAGCACUAUGUACAGUUACACACAAACGCUGUUACUGACAUAAAAACACUUUAGUGCGUUUUCUGUGCCGUCUUAUUUUCUAAAAGAAAACCUGAACUAGACAGAAGGUAGUAAUUUUCUGACCCUGAAUCAGACAGUCUUUGCUCGUGAUGGUGUAUAAUAUGACAGACAAUUCUGUUGAUGUAAGUCAACCACGAAGGACAACAGCAGGCAGAGCUGCACACAAACACGUCGUCAGUGGCAUUCCCUUUCCUUUAAUACCAGACUUUGCUGCAAUAAUGUGAUGGUUAAAUCGAGUGAAACAUCACUGCAGUGAUAAUAGCUGCAGAAAGGGUGAAAUUUGUUCUUUUUUUCAGCUAUUGUGAGUAGUUAAAGGCACAUUUUCUUGGACAUUAAGCAUGACAAGACAAAGUGACAACUUAUGUGGCACCUGAAUUAAUCCGAUGUCAGUUUGCUUGCAUUUUAUCACACACUCACCAGCCAGUGUUACUUACACUUUAAGCUGAAGGAAAACAACAUGGUAUGAGUCACAUUGUAUGUGUUGCCCACUGAAAUAAUACUGCAUUACAUUUCCAGUCACAAAUUUACCAACCUUCACAUUAUGUAUAUAUUUAUAUUGCUUAUUACAUUAUUACGUCCUUUUUGACUUAAGUUAUACAAAUUUGAUUUAAUGAAAAUAAAAAGGUUUUUCUAAAUGCA